UGGCCUUACAAGACUGGUGAAUUUUUAAAACGAUUUUGGAACCUAUUCAACGCAAACUAACAAAUCUUUCUUCUUAAUAAUAUUGGUACUUAAAGAUGAACAAAUAUUAACAUUUUUAAUUGUUUUAGGUACGUGUCAGCACAUAAUAGUGAAUCACUCCGUUCCUCUAAGUUUAUGCCUUCUCCACCUGGGGUUACUAUGGAAGGUUGGUGGACAUACCCUUACUACAGUUGUCAGGCAAAACGGUGGCUCCUUUCAUAUACAGUACCUGUCGCUACAGUACGUGGGUAAGACUAUGUUUCAUUAAAAGUAUAACUAAUUCCAGUUUGAAACAACGAAGGAAUUACAACAUCUAGACCCGAGAUAAUAAAAAAAAAUCUACAUUGAAGUGAAACACUCUAGUCGGCAAAAAUACGAAAAUAUUUAAAAUACGUUAAAAAAUGGCACGAAUUGAACCAAACGUCGGUGAAAUGGGUCUGACAGUGACUGUUAAUUUCGAAUAAUGUAUGAAAAUAAAUAGUGAUAUCCUUUAGUAGUCGCCGUAGUCGAUUCUAUUUCCAUAGUUAAAAGUCCUUUCUUAGUUAGUUCAAUGUAAAAAUAUUAUAAAUGGAAGAAAAUGAAAAUACUAAAAUAUAUUUCACUACUUCUUCGACACAUUAUUGCUUUAAAUAUGAAUUUAAUAUUAAAAUAUAUUAUCUAUCUAUUAACCAUUGUUUAAUUGUUUUUUCAGGCUAAAGGGUGUUAUUUCACUGGAUAUAGACAUAUCUAAUUUGGAAAUAAAUCAAUGUGAAGUUAACCCUGACAAUGAUAGCGAUAAUCAAAUUUAUUCCUUCCAUGGCACACACAAGUGCCCAAAUGAGACUACUUACUGUGAUUACAAACCUAAUAGAGAAAUGAAUGCGCGUUAUGCUGGUUGGGCUCGUGGAUUGUAUAUUUGCAGAUGUAGACCUGGAUAUUACUCAAUAAAUCAUCCAGAAGGAUUUAACGGAUCUUUAGUUGAAGUUGCUUAUCAAGAAUUCGAAGAAAACGGAUUAGAAAAUUGGAGUGAACCAUACGAGUGUUUAAAAUGCCAGCCAGGGUGCGAGACGUGCAAAGGGCCAGAGCCCUGCUUAGCCACUUACAACUGGCCCUUUCGGAUAUCUCUUCUUGUAAUAUCUGUGAGUUGUGCAGUGAUGACGGUGUGCCUGACUAUUUAUACACGUCACCACAGAAGAGUGAAGGUGUUUCGUGUUGCCAGCCCUGUAUUUCUGUCUAUAACAUUGCUUGGAUGUGCUAUCAUGUACAUGGAGAUGGCAGCCAUAUUCCCUGUUUUGGAUAGAUAUUCCUGUAUUGCUACAAAGUGGACACGGCAUAUGGGCUUCUGUAUAACCUACACAGCUUUAUUAAUGAAAACUUGGAGGGUGUCCCUAACAUAUCGUGUGAAAUCUGCUCACAAACUCAAACUAACUGACAAACAGCUUUUGCAAUGGAUGGCUCCAAUACUACUCAUAAUGUUAGUUUAUCUUGGAACAUGGACUCUUUCCUCACCACCCGAUGCAGAAGUUAUUACGGACAAUAGAGGAUUGAAAUUCAAACAGUGCACAUACAAUUGGUGGGAUCAUAGUUUAGCUAUAGGUGAAAUAUUGUUCCUCCUAUGGGGGGUCAGAGUUUGUUACCGGGUUCGUCACGCAGAGAGCUUGUACAAUGAAGCCAGACUGAUAUCCAUUGCUAUUUACAACAUAUUUACCGUUAACUCACUCAUGAUUGCAUUCCAUUUACUCAUCUUGCCUCGUGCAGGUCCAGAUAUCAAAUAUCUCCUCGGCUUCAUUAGAACACAACUGUCCACUUCAACUACAGUAUUGUUAGUUUUCUUACCAAAGGUACUCCGCGUGGUACGCGGUACUGGUGAUACGUGGGAUAGUCGCGCGAGAGCUAGAGGGGUUCCUGCAUCCUCCUCGCUCAACGGCAUCGGCUUGGUGCCCGACGAUCCGCCUGAUUUAUAUCAAGAAAAUGAAGAACUUAAGGUAUAUGAUAUUAUAUUAGCCAACAUCAUUACUGUAAUAGAAAAUUAUGCUAAUGUUUAUCUUAUUUUAAAAGAACCUUAUGUACCCGAAAUAUUCACACAUAAUAACAGUGCU